AGUAUCGCGGGCGGCGCCGGGAACCAGCACGUUCCCGGAGACAACAGCAUCUACGUCACUAAGAUCAUCGAGGGCGGAGCGGCACACCGCGACGGACGACUUCAGAUCGGGGACAAAAUACUGGCAGUGAACCACGUGUCCCUGGAGGACGUCCUGCAUGAAGACGCCGUGGUGGCGCUGAAGAACACAGGGGAGGUGGUCUACCUGAAGGUGGCCACACCCACCUCGCAGUACAUGCACCCUGCUGAUCGAUACAGUCCCCCCGACCUGACCAGCUCCUACAUGGAGCCGGACUACAUGUGUGAUUACCCACAAGCCCUACCUCCUCCGUCACCACGGCGAUACUCACCUAUCCCCCGUGGCAUGAUGGGAGAGGAUGAAUAUUCCCGGGAGCCACGGCGGGUCUGCGUGCAGCGAGGGUCGACCGGUCUGGGCUUCAACAUCGUGGGAGGAGAGGACGGAGAGGGGAUCUUCAUCUCCUUCAUCCUCGCAGGAGGACCGGCGGACCUGAGCGGAGAGCUGCGCAAGGGAGACCAGAUCCUCAGUGUGAACGGUGUGGAUCUCAGGUAUGCGACACAUGAACAGGCAGCAGCAGCUCUGAAGAACGCCGGACAAACUGUGACCAUCGUGGCUCAGUACAGACCUGAAGAGUACAGCCGCUUUGAGGCAAAGAUCCACGACCUGCGGGAGCAGAUGAUGAACAGCUCGUCCGGCAGUCUGAGAGCCAACCGCAGCUUCUACCUCAGGGCGCUGUUUGACUACGAUAAGCAGUGGGACUGUGGCGUCCUGUCACAAGCUCUGGACUUUAACUUCGGGGAGGUUCUUCACGUGAUGGACAGCGCCGACGACGAGUGGUGGCAGGCCCGCAGAGUGAGCCAGCAGGGGGAGCUGGAGGAGCUGGGAUACAUCCCCUCCAAGCACAGAGUGGAGAGGAAAGAAUGGUCCCGCAUGAAGAGUAAAGGUAGAGAAGGUUUCGUCCACAGCUACGAGCUCAUCACCCAGAUCGAAGUCGACUACGCCCGUCCUAUCAUCAUCCUGGGGCCGACCAAAGACCGCGUCAACGACGAUCUGCUGUCCGAGUUCCCCGACAAGUUCGGCUCCUGCGUCCCUCACACGACUCGCCCUCGCAGGGACUACGAAGCGGACGGGCGGGACUACCACUUUGUGUCGUCGCGGGAGCAGAUGGAGCGGGACAUCCAGUCGCACCGCUUCAUCGAGGCGGGGCAGUACAACAGUCACCUGUACGGGACCUCGGUGCAGAGCGUCCGCCAGGUGGCCGAGCAGGGGAAGCACUGCAUCCUGGACGUGUCGGCCAACGCAGUGCGGCGGCUGCAGGCGGCUCAGCUUCACCCCAUCGCCAUCUUCAUCCGACCACGAUCCCUAGAGAACAUCCUGGAUCUGAACAAGCGUCUGUCGGAGGAUCAGGCGAGGAAAGCUCUGGAUCGAGCCAUCAAACUGGAACAAGACUUCCUCGAGUGUUUCACAGCCAUCGUGCAUGGCGACAGCUUCGAGGAGGUGUACCACCUGGUGAAAGCCGUCAUCGAGGAGCAGAGCGGGCCUUACAUCUGGGUUCCUGCUCGCGAGAGACUCUGAUUGGCCGCAUCUCUUUGGAAACGGCCGCCAACCCCCGCCUCAGAGCAGUGUGACCUGACAGCCAUUUGUCUUUUCACUGUUUUUGUUUCCUUUCUACGGGAUGAGGAGCGAGCGCUGUGAUUGGAUGGAGAGGAGCUGUCUGUCUCUCCACUUGUCUGUGUGGACGACAUGCAGACAGACAGCUUAAUGUAUUUUCAGUAAAUAAUGAAUCAGGACUGCAGAGUUCAGUUGGUAUUGAAGUAUUUAUAUUAUCCUAUUUAUUUAUUGAUUUAUCUAUUUAUUUAUUUAUGUGAUGUGAAAAUGGUGUGUGUGUGUGUGUGUGUGUGUGUGUGUGUGUGUGAGAGUGUGUGAGUGUGUGUUUGUGUGUAGUGUACAUAAAGACUUGUGUGACUGUAAAUAAAACGAUGGGGCUCAAACACACAGUCUAUUCAGGGCUUAAAGUAU